UUGCGCGCCCUUGUCCUCAACACAUGCAUUGAGUCGUUUAUAUUGGUUUGGAAUUGUGUUAAAUGAUUGAAGAAAAUCUGCUCAAAUGAACCAGAAAAUACGUUAAGAGAAAGCUGAAAUGGCUGACAAAGAACAAGGCCAAAAAAAGCCUUCAUCUGAAGUUGUCAAGGACGAACCAACACCAAAACGAAUUCGUCUAGACUCUACAGAGUUGAGGGAAUCUUCACACGAUAAUCUGUCUACCAAAUGGAAGAAGCAGGAUGCAUAUGUAAACUUUCUUGAAAAUAAGCUUGAAGCUGGUGAUCAGAGUUCAAAUAGUGAACUUGCUGGAUUACGGGAAUCUGAAGAAAGGCUUAAACAACAACAGCAAGAGUCAACAAGAAGGGAAAAUGUACUAGUGAUGAGGUUGGCCACCAAAGAACAUGAAGUGCAAGACUUACUGACUCAGAUACAUGACAUGAAGCAAGCUCAGAAUCCUUCCAACAUUCAAAUGAGAUCCACACUCUUGGACCCUGCUGUCAAUUUACUUUUUCAAAGAAUGAAAACAGAACUUGAUGAAUCUAAAGAAAAAUUAGAGCAAGCUCAAAGUGACCUUGGAGCCUGGAAGUUCACUCCUGAUAGUGUAACUGGUAAAAAGCUAAUGGCAAAGUGUAGAAUGUUAAUUCAAGAGAAUCAAGAACUUGGUCGGCAGUUGUCUCAAGGUCGUGUUGCACAGCUGGAGGCAGAAUUGGCUUUACAAAAGAAAUACAGUGAUGAGUUGAAGAGCAGCCAAGAUGAGCUCAAUGGAUUUGUUAUUCAGUUAGAUGAAGAAGUAGAAGGAAUGCAAUCUACUAUAAUGACUCUACAACAACAGCUAAAAUCUGUCAAACAACAACUAGUACAACAAAGUGAAAGAACUCAAGAGUUACAAACAAAAUAUGAAGACAUGGAAAGAGAACUAGAAGCUGCUAAACAACAAAAUGCUAGCACAGCUGCCAUAUCAUCUAGAGACCAAGUGGCAAGUAGCGAACAAGCAAAAUGUGUUGUCAAAGAAGAUAUUGAAAUUCAGACUGAUGGUAUUUGGGAUUCUUCAAAUACUCCUUCAAAAGAAAAAAUAAGAACACCAACCCCAAAUAAUGUUUCCUCUACCAGUAACAUUAACCCAUCUUCAUUCUCAAUCAAUAACUUACUAUCUCUAGAGACCCCAAAACAAGACAAUAAACUCUCAGUACAUGCGGUUGUACCUAAACUAGAAAAUGGACAUGAGGGAGGGGACCCUGCAGGAACAAUCAGACCUUCUCCACCCCCUUUAGAACCCGGUGACUCUAAUCCCUUGCAAGCCAAGGGUAUAGCAGAUGGGAUUGGGACAGAGGUAAAUGCAUUUAAUGUCGAAACAGUGAAUUAAAGAUUUUUCAUUGAACCUUUAAAUCAUUUUCUACAGUAGACCACAGUAUGCUUGCCUAUUAUCAUGGAAGUUUUUGCGGAUAUUUAAAACCGUUCACUUUUUAGCAAUAAAUCCUGGCUUUUUACUA